AUGAGGAUCCUGGAAAUCACAGAGGAGCUGAGGCCAAAGCCCGAGAACGCCAUCACCAUUGCGGUGUCAUCGCGAGCACUUUUCCGCAUGGAGGAGGAGCAGAAGAUUUACAACGAGCAAGGGGUGGAGGCCUAUGUGAAAUACCAACUGGACCAUGAGAACGAACCCUUCCUCCCCGGGGCUGCCUUCCCCUUUGUCAAGGCACUGGAAGCGGUGAACGCACAGCUGCGUGAGCUCUACCCCGACAGCGAGGAGCUCUUCGACAUUGUCCUCAUGACCAACAACCAUGCCCAGGUUGGGGUUCGCUUGAUCAACAGCAUCAACCACUAUGAUCUGUUCAUUGAGAGGUUCUGUAUGACAGGAGGGAACAGCCCCAUCUGUUACCUCAAGGCCUAUCACACCAACCUCUACCUCUCCUCUGAUGCCGAGAAAGUGAGUGGGGCCAUUGAAGAGGGGAUCGCUGCAGCCACCAUCUUCAGCCCCAGCAAAGACCUGGAGGUGUCAGAGAACCAGCUGCGGGUGGCAUUUGACGGUGACGCCGUGCUCUUCUCUGAUGAGUCAGAGCAGAUCGUGAAGGCUCACGGCUUGGACAUGUUCUUUGAGCACGAAAAGGCUCACGAGAACAAGCCUCUGGCACAGGGACCCCUGAAGGGCUUCCUGGAGGCCCUGGGGAAGCUGCAGAAGAAGUUCUAUUCCAAGGGGCUGAGGAUGGAGUGUCCCAUUCGCACCUACCUGGUCACUGCCAGGAGCGCAGCCAGCUCGGGAGCCCGGGCCCUAAAGACUCUGCGCAGCUGGGGCCUGGAGACAGAUGAGGCUUUGUUCCUGGCCGGGGCUCCCAAGGGACCGCUGCUGAAGAAGAUCCGUCCUCACAUUUUCUUUGAUGACCAGAUGUUCCACGUGGAGGGAGCCAAGGAGAUGGGCACCAUUGCUGCCCACGUCCCCUAUGGCGUCGCCCAGAAGCACAAGCGGCCGGCGCAGGAGAAGCAAACCCCGAACAGCAAGUAGCAGAGCUGGCUACGUCCCGUGGCCCCUGGCGUGUUGCACAGGCUUCACCCCAUGCACCACGCUCUGACCUGGGUCAUGGUCUGCAAGGCAGAGAGCGUUUGCCACGGCAAGCGUGAGGUUAUUCCCUGUCGGGAGCCUUGUCGAGGGCACGGAUGGAGGAAGGGGCUGACGAAAGGCUCCCUUUCGCCUCUGUUUUCGUUGCAACAUUGUGGUGUUGUCCCCGUGGGGCCAGAGGAUCCCCUGUGCCGGGCAGCCCCGUGAGCCAUUUCCCCAUUCUUCUGCGCUUGCUUCAGGCAAAAUCCUUCAAGGAUGGAUCUCGCCUUUUGUGGACUGUUUGUGCCAGGCAGGUUUAACCUAUUGGUAUUUCUUUAAAACCCUAGGUAAUUUCCAAAGCCUUUGAUUUCCAAAGCAAAUGUUCAGGCUCAACUGUUGAACUGGAAAGUUGGGAGCACACAAAACCCCUUCUUGCACUUUGAAACAAAAUCUUGUCCCUCUUAACUAAAAUUACAUCAUAAUACUUUUCCUUAACAGACCCAGCCCCUGCUCCUCAACCAGAAAAUCUUUCAUGUCUUUGUCCUUUCAGCAAGAUUUUGUCAGCUGAACAGCUUUCCUUUCAUGCACUAAAA